AUGACCUGCGUUAUCACUGAAAGAAAAGACACUAGCCCUGCUUUGGAUGCCAUCAUCAAGUUGCUGUCGGCACUCAAUCUCACUGACGAUGAUCGUGCAGUGCUAGUGACUAGCCUUCUCAAUGAUAUCGCCGAACCUCAUGGAGGAGGCUGUGCUCCAAACACUGUCAAUUUGCCAACCUGUUCUUCAUUGGGCGAUGAUCCUGACCCGGCAGAUGCUAAGUCCGAGUCUGACCUAAGCUUAUCCACCACCAUGUCAGCUGUUCCCAACACAACCUCACCUAUCACUCUUGAGGCUCCUCCCAUGGUGCCUAUCACUCUUGCGGCGGCUCCUCCCACGGUGGCUUCUGUUGUGACUGUUAUGAAUGAGAAUAAUGAGGUGUAUGAUGCAAUCGCAGAAGGUUGUAUGCUCAACACAUAUAAGCAUGUAUACUUCAAUGUCACUGUUUCCAGUGACGCUGUGAACCAUCUGUACUACAUCACAAGGGGCCGUAAAAUUGGUGUGUUCUCAGGAUGGGGUAAUGUUGGUCCCAAGGUCUUGGGUGUGAGCCAUGCUAUUGUUGGUAAGGUAGAGAAUAUUAAUCAGGGCAUUGAGGCUCUCAUAGCUGCAAUUGAUGCUGGCACUGCUAUGUGGAUGCUCUACAUCAUAUUACAUAAUCAUAUAAAUUCUGUUGUCAGUUCUGUUGCCUAUUACAAACUCAUCGAGGGGAAAGUGCUUAAGAGUCUCAAGGAGCAGAGGCUGCUCGUGCAUACUGAUGCAAUUAUUAUCAAAGGAACCAUGAAGAGUUCUGCCUCAAAAACAAAGAGUGUUAUCUUCAACAUAAAUGCAGACCUGCUCAACGGUGAUUCAGAAGGCACCAAUGCUUCGGAGAUAUUGAUCUCCAAAUCUCCUGUUGGGAAUGACACCAACACAGGGCUACCAAAUGGCUCCCAAAAGAGACAACGAUAUAUCUCACCAACCUCACGUAUCAAGAGUCAGCUUACUACUUUUAUUGGUGGGCCAGAUGUAGUGAUAUAUGACUACCUUGAUACUGUCUGCCUCACAUUACUGGGGCGCACUGACAAUACGACCGAUAUCGAGGACAUUCGCUCUUCCAUCAGUAAACUCCAAAGACUCGAGAAAGAUGCUCGUAUCGAGGAAGGUGGAAUCCUGCAGUACCAUGGUGUGGGACCAAAGCUGGUGCAAGCUGAGGUCACAAGCAGGGACAUUAGUAAUCUCCUGAGUGGAUUGGAGGAAGUUUACAUUUACAGUCUCUCUGGUAUUGCUGAACUGGCAGUGAUAAUGGCUCCUCGCUCCAAGUUCAUGGCCAAGCAAGUUGAAAUGAUGCAGGAGUAUCGAGAAAAAUACCUCGAGUGCCAGGCAGUAGGAGAUUAUACUCUAUGGCCAGAGAGGGAGCACCUUUUCCUUGAUGUCCCCCUCAAUGUAGAUCUCACACCGGAACAAAAAGUCAUCAAUGCCAGUAUGGUGGAUGCACGCAAAAAACAACUAAUGCAUCGCUUCCAUAAUGUGUAUGGCAAUUACACUGUCAAGUGCAAGCUGAAAGUGCAGACUACGAGUGCUGUUGAAAAAAUGUUAACAAGUCAAUCAAGCCUCAAAGGAACACACACCUUACAGCCUGCUGAGGCUUACUCCAAGUUAUACUACAAAACACAUAUCAAACCUGUCAUUGAUGCAGAGAUGAAGGUCCUCAAACAGGAAGCUGGCCUGAGUCCAAUGACAUCAGACGAAGAGGACAACAAAACUAGCACUGUUGGAAGUGAUAUGAAACAGGUGUUGCCUAAGAAAACCAGGCUAUUUCUUGUCAAGAAGCACACUCGUGCUCUAUUUGCAAAUGAGACCCCCAAGAUCAAGGCUGAGGUAGCUGAUUUUGUCAAGCAGUGGAGCAAAAUGCGCGAAAAUCACAAGAAGACUUUGAGCGAGGAUGAUGAUAUUUCUUUCUCCAAGAAUAUUGAAAAAUUACCCAAUGUUCUAGCUGAUAUAUUUUCGGAACUGGCAAAACAGACAGGCUGGGCCUUUUCUGUGUUGAUGGGCAGGCCUUCUCCAGCUGAUGCAGCAUGGAAGGGAACUCCAAGUCCAGGACCCUCACUGUCCAAGCCCGCUCAUCAAUCUUUCAAAGACACCACUAUCACCACCUUAACGCCAAUUGACUUCAUCACAACCAAUGAUACAUCACUCCCUCUGCCGAGACUAUUCAAUGACCAGCCAUAUGAUGUCUUCUCUACUCUUGAAACCUCUGGUCCAGCACCGUUGUUCAAGAAUAAUGGACCCAUCCUUCCUAUGCCAGAGGGAUAUACACCUCCCACAGCAAAUUCACCAAGCUUGGAGUUAUUCGACUCUGUGUUGUUCCAUAACAGACUCAUCCUUCCCUUGUCACAGGGAUAUACUCCCACAGCAAAUUCCUCAUCCACUUUGGGGUUAACAGACUUGUUGGAUGCGCCAUUAUAUCCAAAUUGGCCAGGUCUGCCUUCUAACCAGCCAGUCAUACCUACCAGCAGCGUCUCACUUCACCCAUCCAUCACACCAGCAGGAACUCUUGCAUCCGAGACACCAGCGCCACUUCCCACUUCUGUGGCACCAGCAUUACAUAUCACAUCCAAGACUCCUGCACUUGCUAUUGUUGUGCUGGGUAAUGCAACAUCUACAUUGUCUGUGCUUCCUGUCAUCAAUACACCAGCAUUAACUCCCAUUCAACAUACCAUGUCCGAGACGUCUGCACUUCCUGUCGUCAAGACACCAGCAGUAACUCCCAUUUCCGUGGCAACAGCAGAACCUGUCACAUCCAAGACACCUGCACUUCCUAUUGUCGAGCUGGUUGAUGCUACAUCUACGCCAUCUGCACUUCCUACUGUCAAUCAGCCUCUACUUCUCCCACACCCCAUGCCUGUACUUCCUAGUGUCCAGCCACCUCAAAAUCUUAUGCAGCCUUCAGAAGAACAUGCUGCCUCCAAGGGAGCUGUGGAAGGCCCACAGGAACAUUGGGAAAGAGAACUCAACAUCGAAGAAGCAGCCAAAGUCUCUCGCACAUGGAGCACCUGCAAAAAAGCAAUGUGUUUGACUUGUCCCUGCCACUCUCUGAGCCCAUUCUUGCGAUACAUGUACCUCAUGAUCCUUACCAUUCCCAUUGUUUCUAUCCUUGUGACCCCAUUCUUGCAAUACACUACCUCUUGA